ACACACCACCACCAGACACGAACCCCUCCAUCCUGCUACAUUCUUUAUCCGCAGCAGCAAAGCUCGCAAAUAGUCUCGCUCCUAGACUCCCUCCCACUCACACCGGUUCCCAAACUACGUUGCGGAUCUUCAGCCUCUACGGAGUACUUUGCUUACCGUAGUAUUGGUUCCCCAUUGACACGCAAACCUCUCUUCUUCCUUUUUUCGAACUUGUCAAUUUACUGAAUUUCCGUAUCCUUAUUCACAACUUGUCGAUUGACUACUCGUCACCGUACCCGCUUCCUCCAUUCUCCCCUACAAGGAAUCCGACCGACGCCGAAACCGACCACUUUCAACUCCUCGUCGUCGCACCCGUCGCGCGCCAUCGCACCAAACCGUAAACAUGGCGGAUCCAACUUCACCAUCCCCGUAUUCCGAAAACAAAAAGUUCGAACCCAAGGUCAAGGUCGAACUAGAUCCUCCAAAGGACACCCUCAUCACCCUCGAAGAGUUGAGCAAAUGUGACGGCACGAAUCCGGAUAAACCUACCUACGUCGCCAUAAAGGGAACCGUGUUUGAUGUUUCCAAGAAUUCCGCGUACGGCGAAAAGGGUCAAUAUCAUGUCUUUGCAGGAAAAGACCCUUCUCGUGCCUUGGCCCUUUCGAGCUUGAAACCCGAAGAUUGCGUUCCCGAAUGGGGCGACCUGGACGACAAGUACCAGACCGUCUUGGAUGAGUGGUAUACAUUCUUCAGCAAACGAUACAACAUUGUCGGCAAGGUCAGUGAUGAUUCCUCGUCGCACAAGCUUUGAAUACCCCUCCCACCCUUUUGCGCGCGCGCGAUUCGCAUUCACGAAUGAGAAGGAGAAGAGAACAAAGAGAAAGAGAGAGACGUGUACACGGAGAAAAAGAGAAGAAUGAGAACCCCCCCUCCCCCCGCCCCCCAAAAAGGACCAGGAAAGACCAAGAAGAAGAAACAAAACAAACACACAAAUUCGUAUCGCAAUUGUAUAGAAAAAGAAAAACCGGAGCAAAGGAGAAUCAUCGAACCAAAUACUGAUUUGACCUUUUUUUCCUUUCUUCAC